AUUAUCUCCAUCUUAAAACUCUGUGCGCGUGUCUCUAUUGCCCUCUCCUGCCUUCGCUGCAGUCUGCCAGAGGUUGUGGAAAUCAUGGAUUGAAGUGAACAUAGAAGAUAGAACGUAUCGAAAAGGGGAAAAUGUAGGGAUUCAACCGUUGUAUGGAGCCUUCCCUUGAAAGAAAGAAGAUGGGCGGUGGAGUAGGGCGAAAAUGUGAGAAUUCAACUGAAGAGCCUGCCCAUAAAAGAAGGAAGAUAGAUCAUGAUCUUGAAGACAGUGACAUACAAGAAGACGAUAAUGAGGAGUUUGGGUUGAUACCGCCGUCACUGAUUCGUUUGUUAAAGAAUAUUUUAGCACAGUACCCUGACAACGGUCAGAUAAUCAAGGAAAUUGUGCAAAACGCUGAAGAUGCAGGGGCAACAACAAUCAGAUUUGUGUACGACGAGAACAGCAUUGAUACUAUAUUUUCACAAGGAAAGGAGGAACUCAAAGGCCCUGCUUUGUAUUCAUAUAACGAUGCUCUAUUUAGUAACAAAGAUUGGAAGGGAAUACAGAUGUUGGGACAGAGUGUGAAAGAGAAAGAUCCCUUCAAAGUAGGAAAAUUUGGGCUUGGCUUCAAAUCUGUUUUCCACAUGACAGAUAAUCCAGUCAUAAUGAGUGGAUCCAAGUUUGGUAUCAUUAACCCAGAUGAGAGGCUCUUCUCAGAAACAGAGGAAAGGAGAACUGGAAAAUACUUGGACUUCAGUAAGAUUAAAAAUGGCGAGGAAAUAUCCUACCAUAAAGAUUCCUCUGAUAUAUUUGAAAGGCUGUUAAAUACAGAUGCCAAGACAGGCCGUUGCAAUGGGACUUUAUUUCGUUUUGUGCUGCGCAAAUCUCCCUCAAAGCUAUCCGAGACGAUCUACAAUGACCGUAAGAUGCAGGGUCUGCUCAAGUCUUUCGAGAGUGAAGGAAACUGGGCUUUGCUUUUCCUUAGAAGUCUCAAGAACAUCGAGUUUUACCACCGUGCAAAAGACUGUGAUGAAGCCACGCUUUUGUUUUCUUUUUCAAAUAAAAACGGCAAUCAACAGGAAAACAAGACGUUUAUGGAAAAGGUUAAAGAAAAUGAGAAGAAGAAGAUAUCAGAAAAUAUUUCUAUCUUUCAUGACAUACAGAUAGAAACAAGAUCUAACAUCAGAGAUUUCUGCAGAAUCAAAAGGUAUAUUAUUGUUGAUUACUAUGCUGGAUCGACACUUUCAGAGGAAAACGAAUUGGUUAAUCGUGGAGAUGCAGAAAAACUUGGUUACAUCCCAAUUGUUGGGAUAGCUUACUCUCCUGAAGACGAACAAUCUUUAGAUGGCCAUGUAUUCUGCAGUUUGCCUCUUCCGAUUGUACAGACAAAGACAACAGGGCUGCCCGUACACCUCAACGGCUUCUUUGCACUUGGGCCUGACAGAAAGGACUUGAAAUGGGCUACAGUUGGCCAGCAGGAUCAUAACGAUAAAGAGGUUUUAUGGAACAUGUUUCUUAUAACUAAAGUCCUCCCCCUUGCGUACAAAGAUUUGUUCCUGUUCUUGCAGAAGGGAGAAUUUUCAAGCAAUCAGGUGUAUAAUAUGCUGCCAGAUAUUGAAGAGGUAGAUAGCAAGUGGAAAAAACUUCCAGAUAGUUGCCUAGAGAAAGUUUUGCCAGAACGCUGUGUCUGGACAGAUGCAGGGGGCGGGCAAUGGCUUUUCCUGAGAGAAGCGUACUUUGAACUCCCCAAGUAUUCAGGAUAUCAAACAGCAUUCAAGUAUCUAGUUGAGUGUAAUGAAAUAGCAGUUAGAAUUCCGAAGCACUUUGAAACUAUUGUGAAGCGGCCUGGAUCCCAACCUCGUAAAUUCCUGUGUCCGGAAAAAGUACGCGAGAUUGCUUGUUUGAAUUCAACAGGUCUGAAAAGCCUAAGCCAAAACGAGAGGCUCGAUCUCCUGAACUAUAUGAUAGUUAAACCAGAAGAUAUACGUCACUUGUGCAAACUCCCAUUGAUUUUGAUGGAAAACGAUUCAUUUGCACUUCCUGAGAGCGACAAGAAACUUUUCAUACCAAAUGGGAAACACAGCAAAGAUUUAUUACCUGGCUGUCAGGAGUUCCUGGUAAGAACAGAUAUAGAUGAAAAGCUUUUGCAGAAACUGCGUACAAUUGCGAAAAAUGGAUAUUGUAAACUUUCCAUGCUUGACCAAUCCUCUGUUGCAACUCUGUUGUGCAAGUGCCUCGGGAAGACCAGCUCUUUUAUCGCCAAUCGCGAAAAGUGUAUGACGGCAGACUGGUUUCAGAAAAUUUGGAAAUAUUUGAAUGAGCUUGGCGAUCUAGAAUUGUUUGAAGGACUUCCUUUGAUUCCGAUGAAGAACAAUAAAGUUGGAUCUUUACAAGCCAACUCCCUCCUUCUCCUACAUACCGAGAAUGAAAGAGAGGACGAUCUCGUUACAGUUAUGAAGCAAAUCGGGUUCGUAGUUGUGGAAGGCUUACCUGGUUAUGUUCAACAGAACAAGAGCUUGUUUGGAAAGUAUCUAUAUACCUGUAAUCCUGAAGGCAUAACAAAACUUUUAAUGAAUAUUUCUGAGAAGAUUGGAAAUAGAAAACUGUCCAAACAGAUCUCUCAAAUAUGUUCGAUGGCUGGAAAAGCUUUGCUUAGAGACAAAGUCGCUGAAUUCUUUCUCGCAAAUCAACCAACAAAGGGCCUGAUUGAGCUCAUCAAGUCAUUGCCAAUUCACGAAAACACAAAUAGCCAGGUUUUGGUGUCAAUUGAUGAAUGUCAGGAAAUUUGCCCGAACGUGCCAUCAGACUUGAUUCCUUGCAAAACCUUGUUAAAGUGCACAGACAGAACCCAGAAAACGUUUGUUGAAAAACUAGGAGGGCGGUUGAUAACUGAAGAGGAACUUAUUCUGAAAUACCUGUUACCAGAAAUCGAGGCUGGAGAAUCGACUGUUCAUUACAUUGCCAAGUUAAAUUUUGUGGUGACGACUGCUACCUCAGGGCUUUUCAACAACAGCGCUCUCGCGAGUGAGAUCAGGCGCAAAUUAAAAAGCAUAGAUUUUGUAACUGCAGACAGUGGAGAAAGGAGAAAACCGCGUGAACUGUUUGAACCCAGUGAACACCUUACCAAACUUUUCAAGGGUGAGGUUGGAAGAUUCCCAUCUAAAGAUUUCUCAACUGAACAAAAGCUGAUCUUAUUGAGAAAGUUGGAUUUAAAAACAGAGAAAUGUGUCACAGCAAAGGACAUAACUGAUUGCAUCCAAAUGGUGGCAGGUUCAAAAGACAUUGGAGAGACAGAAAAACGUAAAAAGGCACAAAAUAUCGCUAUACAUCUGACAGAUCACAUCGAUUUGCUGAAUGAUCGCGAAUUAAAGAGGAUUUUAGAGACCGAGUCCUGGAUUCCAAUUGAAAAGCAAAGACCAAAGCAUUACCCAAGCAGUCUGGAAUGGUUUGCUGAUGCUAGUAAUGCUAACCCAUUUUCGAGUCUUGUUGAAAUGCAUUUUGGGACGGCUUCAAAUUUGCUUGGAAGCGUGAUGCCAAUUAUAAGCAAGGAUUUUGAGACAUUUCAGGUAAUUUUUUCAUCUCUGCAUCGCGAAACAAUAAGUGUUGCCAAAGUUUGCCAGCACCUGUCCUGUGUGAUUCAUGACUAUAAAGAAUCGGAAAGGAAUGAAUUCAUUAUAGUUUUAAAGGAUGUAUACAAACUUCUGCUACAGAAAGCACAACCGGGGCACUGCAGUGCAUUACAAAAUGCCAUUAAAGAAUUUUUCCCCGAUGCCAAAUGGCUUUGGCACGGUUCAGGUUUCGCAUCUCCAAAACAGAUUGUGCUUCAUGAUAACUUGAAAGAUUUGGAUCUGAAGCCAUUUGUCUACAAAUUGCCUAUAGACAUGAAGCCUUUUGAAAAGCUAAUAGAAAUGUUUGGAGGUAUUACAGAGUACUCUGACGAGUUAUUUAUUCAAAUCUUAUCAGAAAUUAAAGAAGAGCACGACAGUAAACGUAGCCCCGAGGAAGCUUCGCGUGACUUGAAUAUAUGCGAACGACUUCUUGCGAUUUUGGCAGAAAGAAAAUUAUCAAGGGAAAAUCUUAAUAGGAUUGUAGUUCCAGUUCACUCAACGGAUGACAGGCCAUUUAUGCUGGUUGGAAUAGAUCAAGCAGUCUAUAGCUCGAGUACUCACUAUAAUGAUGAUGAAGAUACAGACAAUUUGGAAAAUGUCUUUCACCUGCAUGACAGAAUCCCAGAGUGGGUUGCACAAAAGCUUCACAUUAAAAGUCUGACUAGUCAACUUAUUGGAGCAGAAGAUCUUGGAAUUUUUGAGGAGUAUGGACAAAGCGAGCCCCUUACACGAAGAAUAAGUAAUAUACUUAAAGACUAUGGUGAUGGCCUUGCUAUUUUCAAGGAGCUGAUCCAGAAUGCAGAUGAUGCUUGUGCAAGACAAGUUAAACUUCUGUAUGAUGAGCGGAAAAACGAAAAUAUGAGAAGCCAAUUGAUAGACCCAGGAAUGGCAGAUCUCCAGGGAUCGGCUCUUUGGGCUUUUAAUGAUGCCAAGUUCAGUGAAGAGGAUUUUGAUAACAUAGUCAAACUUAGUGGUGCAACUAAAGAAGAUAAAAGAGAUAAGAUUGGUAAAUUUGGGUUAGGCUUCAAUGCGGUGUAUAACAUUACUGACGUCCCAAGUUUUGUCAGUGCCAAUAAGCUGGUUAUCCUAGACCCUCAUACAACUAAUCUUGGGAAAGCUAUUCGGGACAAAUCUAAGCCUGGUGUAAAGAUUCCAUUGGGUCCUAAAAGAAACAGGCUGAGGAGGCUACAAGAUCAGAUUAGAGUCUACGAUGGCGUUUUUGGUAUGGAUGCCAGUCUUGAGUCGAAUUACAGAGAUUUUGAUGGAACACUAUUUCGAUUUCCAUUGAGAACGAGAAAGCAAGCUGGAGCAAGCGAGAUCAAGAACCUUUGCUAUGACAAGAAUGAAAUGAAAGUUUUAAUACAAAAGUUUGCAUGUGAAGCAAGCAGGUUGCUGAUGUUUACACAAAACGUUUCUCUGGUUCAAUUCUAUCACCUUUCAGAGAAUGCAGCUUCCCCAGACGAAAUGGCGCUGUUAGUGCAGAUUGAAAAAUCUGUAUACAGGCCUGACAGUGAUUCGCCUGAAACUUUCCAAGUUAUGAGCAAAUCGUCUGCAAUGGUUAACAGAAAGUUGCAAGGUGAGCAAAUGGAAGAAUUUCAAAUGGGUCACAAGGUUAAUAUUGCUUGCAGGAUUUCAAAUAAAGCUCGAGAUGAUUUUGAAGUGUCUGCCCAAGAUUUAGAGGAAACCUGGCUCCUACACACUGUCAUAGAUGCGUCGGAUUGUAUGGAUCUAGCUUCUCAGUAUCCCCAGCUAAACCCAGUUUCUACUGUUGCAGUCUGCCUUGACAAGAGUCGCAAAUCAUUCAAGCACCAGUCAGUUAAGGGUUAUUUCUUUUGUUUUUUGCCGCUUCCAAUGCCAUCGUCCAAGCAAGUAAAACUAGUCAGGAAUCUUCUCGAGUCGAUCAGAGACGAAAACCAAGCGAGCGAACCAAACGCUCAGCAGGCAAAUAUUGUCCUGCCAGAUGAAAAUAGUAUUUUAAGAGAUAAAGAUGCAAUAUUUGUGAAAGAUUCAGUCUGGUUUAAGACAGAUACUCUACUGAGAUACCUUCAUAAAGAUAUUCCUCCAGAUUUAGCCUUGGCUCUUGGAGCAAGAACAGCUCGCUCUAAAUCCAUACUCUCCCAGUCAAGAGGUUUACCCUUUGGCCAACACGAGAAGUUAACAGUGCGACUGAAAAGGAUUCUGGAUGCUUAUCCAUCAAACUUGCAAAUUCUUUACGAGCUAUUGCAAAAUGCAGACGAUGCUGGUGCCAGCACAGUCAAGCUCGUGCUAGACGAGAGAUUUCAUCCUUCUGAUAGUAUAUUUGGGGACAAGUGGAGGCCCUUACAAGGACCAGCACUCGUGAUCUACAAUGAUGCUCCAUUCACUGAACAUGAUAUUCAGGGAAUUCAAAACCUUGGGGAAGGAAGCAAAUCCAACGAUGUACUGAAAACUGGGCAAUAUGGUAUUGGAUUCAAUGUGGUAUACCAUAUAUCUGAUGUUCCUUGUUUGCUUGCAGGUUUAAAGGAUAGAGGUGAAGACGUUCUUUGCAUAUUUGAUCCCCAUGCUAGGUUCUUGGAUGAAUGUUCCGAAGCUGAGCCAGGAAGGAUGUUUGAAAAUGCAAGAGAUUACUUACGGGAUCAUUUUAAAGAUAUAUAUGCUACAUUUUUGCCAGAGGCACUUACAGAAAAGAAAUCGGCCAUAUUUCGCUUGCCUCUUAGGACCAAAGAGAUGGCAAAGAGUUCAGAUUUAAAGAAUGAGCCUACAACAAUAGAAGAAAUACUCAAUAUGUUUGAAUCUUUCAAAAGGGAGGGUUCUGAGGCACUGUUGUUUCUUCAAAAGGUCAGAUCAGUAAAGCUCAAUCGUAUUGAUAAAAAUGGUAAUUUUCACUGCAUCGCCUCAGUCAAUGCAAAACUUUCUUUCCAUUCCGAUCAGAAAUUAGAAAAGAUGAAUUCUGAUUGCCUAGCUCUUGUAAAAUCAAGAUAUGAUAGAAGUAAUGCCGAGCGAGAUCAUGAGCCAUUUGAAUACAUGGUUGAUCUGCAAUGUGAUGGCAAGAAUGAGGGUAGAUGGAAGAUUGUCCAGAAGUGUGCAUCGUUGAACAGCCAAGAUCUGCCAAAAGAGAUCGAAGAGCAGUACAAAAAUAAAGAGUUCCCUUUGAUUCCUGUUGGUGGAAUAGCACAUAAAGAACAAGCCAGUGUCAAACGUAACCCUAAUGGGAAAGUAUAUUGCCUUCUGCCAUUGGCAGUAACUAGCAGCCUCCCAGUUCAUAUUAACGGAAAGUUUAUCUUGGACUACGAAUCUCGAAGGCGAUUAUGGUACACCAAUGGCGAUGGCUAUCAAACAAGUUGGAACUACUACAUCAUAGAUAAUUGUGUAUUGCCAUCCUAUGUUCAGCUCAUUCGCUCUGAUGUCAACCAUCUGAGAAAAAUAUUUCUGCCUGAACAGCGCAAUUUGAAGGAGGAUUUUGAAACUAAAAUCUUCACUGAUAGGCCAUUCCAUCCCCCUGAUUUAAAUCGGUUUUUCCAUCUUUUCCCUAAAAUCAAUAGUAACAAAGAGGCACAUGAGUAUGACAAAGAGCUUAUUGUCCGUUUUUACAAACAACUGAAAGAAGGUGAAGUAGACUGCUUACCCGCACUCAAGUAUGACAACACCCUUGAGUCUCCUGGCUUGGACUUCUACCCGCCGUGUUCAGAAUCAAAGAAGUUCUACAUUCCAUCUUUUAAAAAUUCACUUUUUUCCGAUGAAAAAGCCAAACCCGCCUGUUGCAUUGCACUAGCAAAGUGUGGCUUAAAUAUAUAUAGUGUGCCAGAACAUAUUGUGAGAGGCUUUGAUGAAUUUAAAGUACCGCUGGAGCGGCUUAGUCCUGCGAUUGUUGCAAAAUAUUUGAAAGAAAACGCAGAUUCUGUUCUAUCCGGUAAAGAUGCAAUUCCGUUGACAAAAUCAGCUUUUGCAGAUUUGAAAACAGUAAGGAAUUUGUUGCGCUACUGCCAAAUGAACGAAGACCUUAAUAAGAAGGGGGAUGAAAAGCAAAUGAACGAGAAACUUGACUUAGAAGGAUUACCAUUGUUAGUAACUGAAGACAACAUGCUGCGAGUAUUUGAUAGCAAGAAGUUCGUGUAUUACGAUUAUUUGUCUACUUUGUGCCCAAUGAGAAAACGGAGCACACUUCACAUUGGAAUGAAAGAUGUUUUGGAAGAAUGCAAGGACAACGUGGGAGGCCCAGUAAGAAGACUGACUCUAGAGAGUCUUGAUCAGGCACUGAAAGAAGAUUCUGAGCGUUGGUUGAGAGAGAUGGAAGAGAUCGACAUUACCGAACAAAAUGUACAUGGAAUGUUCCCAACAAAGAGUUGGUUGAGAGAUAUUUGGAUUUUUUUGGAAAGGGAGUAUGGACAAUUGAAGGAAAACCUUAAAAAAUCCAUCAACCACUUUUCAUUUUCAAAACCUGAUGAUAGUCCAAAAACAUUUUUGAGUUGGAUGCUGCAGUGGUGUAUUUUUCCAAUCAGACGACAAACCGGCAUGCUUCAAAAGCCUUCAAAAUAUUAUCUGACAAAAAUCAGCCUGGCUCGUUUUGCCAUAGGGCCUACCUACCAGGUGCCAGACAUCAUAAAAGAAAUUGGAAUAGCGGAACCCUGCUACGAGCCUUUGUUGACAAAAGUUGAAAAGAAAGAACAGUUGUGCAACUUGGAAAUCGAACGAGUAAACGUGCUACUUCGGAAAUUUGCUGCUAAUGAGAAGGACCCUGUAGCAUUUCUUGAUGCCUUGGUGUAUGACACGAAUAGAUCUGACUCCAGGUUUACUUGCUUAUCAAAAAAAAGUGCCAGUGAACUCCUUCACUUCUUUCAAAGACAAGCAAGACUGACAGUGGAGAUUUCCCAGCUAAAACGUUUAAAGGUUUGGGAGGAUUUGGAAGGGAAAUUGAAAGCAUUAACUGAAGCUUCUCGUUGGUACUUUGUUUCCGAUCAGAUUCCGAAGGCUGGAAUUUCGAAAUUGCAAGAUUCAUCGAAUACAUUGCUCUUAAAGGAAGAUGGAAACUUACGAUCUCUGUAUUCCUCCAUUGGCAUCGAAAGUAGCCAAGAUGAUGACGUAUAUCGUAAAGUGAUUCUUCCAGCAUUUCAUUCAUUCACGGCUGAAGAACGGAUGAAACAUCUUACUUUUCUUAAAGACAAGUGGACAUGGAAUGACCAAUAUCAUCCUUCAAUUUUUUCUACGCUACGUUCGAUAGGAUACUUUGAAAGAGACGGAAGUCUCCUACCCACAUCAAGUUUUUUCGAUCCGGAAGUGAAAUUGUUCAAAUUGAUGCUGGAAGAUAAAGAUUUUCCACCAAAAUCUUGUUGCAGUGAACGUUGGCUGAAAUUCCUCAAAAUGCUUGGUCUUAUCUCCAAGGUAUCACAAUCACACUUUUGUGAAUUCGCUGAAAAAGUAUCUAACAUAUCUGACAAAUCUGAUGCAAAAGAAAAGGCAGAGUGUCUUAUUGAAUACUUCCGUAGCUCUGAUGAUCUAAAAAGAAAUGUCAAUUUUCAUAGACAAGUUAGUGUGAUACCUUUUAUGCUCUCUGAUCCCAUUCCGAAGAUGCUCUUGGAAAUCAAGACUCCAGAAAAUGUUCAAGAACGUCUCUCUUUUCAAGGCUCUAUAGAGUAUGAUCACUUUGUUGACAAUUGCAAGCUCGCUUGGACAGUAACAAAGAUUCUUCCAAGCUAUACAAAAACUUAUUUCCCUGAUACUGAAUUACCAUUAGAACAGCUCGGUGUUAAAAAAAUGAGCUGCAGCAUCGUUGCCGAGAAUCUUGCCAACGUCAGUAGAUCUGAUUUGCUGACGCCAAAAGGAAAGGGUGUCAAGUGUUAUGACUUAAAGUAUAAGCAACAUUUCAGAUCGGUUUUUGACUCGUCUUAUGAAUUUUCAAAUAACGACAUUGACAAAAUUGACGAACAGACAUGUGCUAGGCUUGCUGCGAUUCCACUUGUGUUGACUGAAAGCAACAUGAUAUCCAUUGCAAGUAAGGUUACUCUGAAGCCUGGCUGGGACCACCCCCCAUACAUAUUUUCGAUGCCAAUCGAAUUAGGAAAGUAUGCGGGGCUUUUCAAGAAAAUCGGAAUGUCUGCCGAGCCAACUGUUGAGCAACUAGCUAGAGUACUGGAAGAUUUAGAGUCUUGCUGCCACGAAAGAGAGAUGGAUCCAAACGAAGCGAAACUUGUGCGGCGAUCUAUGAAGAAAAUCAUUUUCCAGCUUAAGAAAGUUCAAUUCCCAGAUAGCGUUACAAAGCUUUAUUUGCUGGGAGGCUAUCGUCAAAACUGUAAGACCAUCCGACUUUUCGAGUCCCAAGACCUUGUCUAUUUUGACGACCAUCAUCUUGAAGAUCGGCUUGGAAGUUUUAAUAAGCCCCGUAUGCAGCUCAAUGUCGAAGCAACUGAAGAGCGCCAGUUUGUAGAAAGACUGCCAGAAAGUAUAAGACCUAAGAAACUCAGCCAACUGAUAGAAGAAAGGAUGCUACCCUCUGAAACACUGCCAAAUGAGGGAUUUGCAAAGGAAUUGGAGGAGCGCUUUAAUAGCGAAGAAGUAGUUUCGUGCAUUCUGCGCCUUCUGCAACACCAACUGACUGAAGAUAAAGAAGUCACAAGCCAAGCAGAAAAACUUCAUGAGUUAUUGGCAAAUGUAAGUGUUGUUAGCAAAAGAGAGAUCAAAACUGCUUUGUAUUCCCUAGCUGGCAGCAUCAUCGAAGGAAGCAUCAAGAGUCGUGAUAUCUACAUUGAGAUUUCGGAUGACAGCCUGGUAAUCAACUUGGCUGCUGUUGCUGCGGUAGAGCAAUAUGAUACUAGAGUAGCUAGAGCGGUCGUAGACUUUUUUAGGUCUACUUUAACCAAUCCUUCGCUUGCUGUUUUCUUUGUUGAUAUACUUACAAAACCGAUUGGAGAGCUGCAUGCAUAUCUGGAUGAAGAAGGAAUACGAAAUGAUGGCUCUUUCAUAAGCUCUUACAAUGCACCCUACACUAAAGGAGACUUCGUCCCCGUUGUUCUACAUUGCCUUCUAAGCAAUGACAUUGCAAUUUUUGAAGUUGGUGAAUACGUCGCAUUUGAAGUUGAGGAUCCGGCAAUGGAGGACAAGAAUGGAGAGCCAAUUUAUAUAUACGCAGUCAUCGAGGAAGUGUUGCCAGACGAUUUCUACAAAAUCGAUGUAGGCUGUGUGGAGUCCAAGACUGCCCAUAAAACAGAGCUCUACAAAUUCCUACGAGAGAUUGAUUUUCAGGAAGUGGAUGAAUCACAAACGAAAGAGGAAAUCAUUAAGGCGAUUGCUCAAGAGUUAAAGAGUGCUUUUGAACGUGGUGAAGCCUAUGCUAAGAGAGUUAUAAAACGCUUAUGGUUGCUUUGGCACCCAGAUAAGAAUCCUGGACGGGAAAAACUUUGCACGGAAAUAUUUCAAUUUAUACAACAGGAAGUUGAUCGUUUGCGUAGAGCCCAUGCAAAGACAAGCACUGAUGCCUUCUGGAACUUUGGAAGCUCAUUAGGGAGAUAUCGAGAGAGAGGUGGCGUGUUUGCGAGGAGCAGAACACAAAGAGCUGAUAAUUUUACACGCAAAGGAGACUGGUGGGUGCCAAGAGAAGAAGCAGAAAACCCACAGCCUGGUCAAGCAAAACGGUGGUAUCGUCAAGCAAAGUACGAUUACCAAGCCGCAAAUAGCGUUGCUGUGGACUAUUGUGAAUGGAUUUGUUUUACAUGUCACCAGGCAGCAGAAAAGGCAUUGAAAGCUGCUGCAUACAUGAAAAAAGACUGUCGUUCUAGACAUCACCGUCUCAGGCAUAUUGCGAUGUUGAGCGGACAAAACACCUUGGAGAUAGCUGCUGCUGAGUUGGAGGGUUUAGUUAAGGGUUCUACUGCUAUGCGAUACCCUGAUCAAUGGAUAUAUCCUGAGAUACCACAUGACAAAUAUAACAGUCAGAUGGCAAAAGAAGCUAUCGAGAUCACUGGAAAAAUCUUGGACGAAGUGAACAAAAUCGUAAACUAAAGUCUGUUUGGUUGAACGAAAUAAUCGCUCCUAAUUUUCCAUAUCUUCUGUGAUUGUUAAUCUUAGCCACAAAAGAUUUAAUUGAGAUUGCUACUAGUUCUCCGUUAUUGUAUUUAACUUCAUUGGUCACGAGCAUUCAAUCUAUAUUUCUAUCUCCCUUUGAGUACAUACCGGUUAAGAUUCCUGGAGAAAACUUUUAUGAUAGUGACUUCUAUUCGUUUCUCAUCACAAAAUAUACAAACCUCCUUAACUGAUACAUUUGCAGUAUAGAAAUCCCAUUUUAAUCUAGCCAAGGUAUCUACUCUUUCGAUCACGUCUUCCCUCCCAUUCAAUUGGCAGCCCAUGAAGCUAUUCAGAACAAGUAAAGAAUGUGAUAUGCACUUAGUUAAAUGCCUCUAAAGCUUAAAGUAUGGUGCUAACUAAAAGAAAAUAGAACUAAUGUGUUUCAUAAGCUUUAUUCAUUAAAAGAUUUUUUAAGCAAAAUUUCAGUUUUGGUUAUUAGUUAUGAUUAAAGUUCACUGCUUAGUUAGCUGAUAACGUAGUUUAAAUUUGGUAUAGAGAUAUGUAAAUGAAUCAGCGAAUAAGCAAGCUUGUUCAAAGGGCGCUCGCCAUUUUCGAGACGAAAGUACGAUUUUGCAGCCAUGGACUUUGCGCCCGCUGUUUGUAGAAAUCAAGCCAAAUAUUGGUUGAGCCUUGCCUCUUGUUACGAUUCAGGGCUGUCCCUAUGAACCUAAUUUGUAUUUGGAAUUUGAGUAAGUGCCUCGGCGUAACCUGUGAUUUGUUCCCUCUUAUUUGUUUAUUGUUGUUAUAUUAAUGAUCCGAAUGAAAAUAUUCGGUGGAGAUGAUGAUGGAAAUGAUGGAGACCAGCACAAAAAUGCGAAUGCGUAACGUUGCCAGAUGUAAAAGAAGAAAAACAAUAAGGAGAUUUAGAAGAAAAAAUAAACAAGUAUACGUAGGCCUUGAACUCUCAGUUCUCUUAAGUAGUUCUAUUGGUAUUUUUGUCUAAGCUGUUCAUCUUGAGACUUUGAAUUUUUGUGUAAGCUUUUCAUGGUUACGUUUUAUGUUAUCAGUGUCUUUUCACUAUUUACUCUUUAUGUCAUAUCUAUGUAAAGUAAAAAUGCUCUGGAAGCAUUCAUUUAUUAUCAUUUUUUUCUAUUUUAGAGCCUAGAUAAAGCACGAGUUUUGAUCAAUUAGAUUACGAAGCUA